UUGCCAAAAACGGUGUGUGCCCAUCCCGGCCGUCCCUUCGCCAACGGGAAGGUAUCAACCAGCUGCCCAAGCAUGGAAGUGACUGACAAACCCCCAUCUCUUUUGCCUUUUGGAUCUUCAUGUCUGGUUGCUUUCAUACAGCCUUUGGCCCCCACCAUGGCCUCUAAUCUAAAAGUCAUCUUCCUGUUCCUUUGGUUGCUUCAGUGUGGAGGGGAAAAUGUCAACGUGGAGCAGAAACCGCCAAUCCAGGUUGCACUGCUCAAGGAGGGAAUAUUCAUCCCUUGUGAAGUCACCUUCCCUUACAUGCCGAAAUACACCACGUUUACAAUCGUCUAUUACUGGAUUAAUUCACUGGGCCAGAAAAAUGACAUCUGCAAUAGACAGGAAAACGUAGCCAUCCCAUCUGGAAAGGAGAAUAAGACUGUUACUGUAUCUUACAACUACAGAAUCACACCACUUGAAAACUCUUCUACUGGCACAUACUACUGCAAGGUCGCGUGGAACAGCAUCGAGAAAAUGGGAAAGGGAGUGUUUGUCCUUGUUAGAUGGUACACAGAGACCUCUUACGGGUGGGAAAUCCUCGUUACCUUUACCAUUCUUCUUGCUGCAUUGAGCAUCACUGCCACAGCUCUGCUUCUGUGGAAGAGAAAGGUGAUAUGCCCUAGAAGGAACCAGCUAAAUAUCCUGAGACAGAAGGUGGAAAGGCAGCCCUCUUCAGCGAGCCCACCACCACCAACACCGCCACAAUCACAACCACCUUCUGUCUAUGACAGCCUGGAUUUGCAGCAAGUCGAUGUCUAUUCUAUCCUCGAGAGCAACACAAACACCCUGUCACCCAGAAAGAGUCCUUCAGGGAAGACACCUAAGAAGCAAGCAACUUUAGAAGACUCUUCUGACAUAUUGUAUGAGAAUAUCUAACAGGGAAAAUCAGACCCUACACAGACGAGACACCUUCCUGUACAGCAGAACUAUUCUCUUACAUCCCCAGUUUUCUGCGGAGAUCUGGAGUGACUUCAGGGCACAACCAGGAGGGAAUGGUGAACUGCUGGCUCCUUCUGAACUGCCCCUCGUUGACAACAGGAAGCAUUUGUUCUCGGCCUGCACUGAUGCAGCAAAGCUAUUUUGCAGCAAAGCCGUUUGAUGCAAAAAGAAAAGCUCUUUUUGUCAAGCACUCACCCGUUUCUUUGACAUGGUGCACGUGGGAUCCAUGCAGGCUUCUCUCACCUGGCAUGGCUGAAACACUUAAAUCUCGGUCCUCUCUAAAUGAUAGGACAGUAUGGAGACCUCUCUUCUUGCUGGCUUCAUCGUCCAAUCCUGACCUGCAGCAGUCCAUCUGAUCCUGUGCCUGCAGCUUUCCUGACAUGGCCGUCAGGCCUUCAUACAUAGUUUAACUGAGAUCCAAGCUUCCACCUGCCCUUUUCUCAUUUCUCAGGAUCCCCAUGGUGAAACAUGCUUUCUCAUAAUCUGCUAAUCCCAUCAAGUAGUCACAGAUGCCUGCUGUGACCAUACUCAGUCGACUCAAAUCAGUGCCUCCAAGUAAAUGCUUUCCCUUCAGCAAUAUCAGCGGUAUACGAUGAGGACUGGAUGCGCGGGCAGAGAUAAAGAUGGGAGGAAAAGAAAGAAGAGAAAAUCUCCCUGCUUGGCAGCAUGUCUCAGAGUGGCCGUGCCCUUUCCAGAACAAAGAGGUGUCAACCCAAGGAAGCUCCCUUGCUGGGGCUGCAUCAUCCAAGCAGGUCUGGGGCCAGGUUCCAGCCCAGAGAAGUUGGAGCUGAGAAGCUGAGCUCCUCAAUUUCCUGGGUUUUGUUGGCGAUGAGUAUUGUUAUCACUUGGGAUUUUGGGUCUCUGUGGGAGCAGGCAUGGUACAUCUGCCCCACCAAGCCCGGUAGAUUUGCCUAUGUUUCAGCUGGCCAGUAUUUCCCAAAGAGGGUAUAAGGCUGCUUUCCCCCCAUCCUCAUACGUUAUUUGGCCAGGCAGACCACUUCUGAAACUUAGAAUGGCUGGAGGCAGGAGGGAGGCCCAGAGGUGAAUUUUCUAUCCGAGUUUUUCUCUCUCCUGUCAGCUGGAACUUGCCUGCCGUUUGUGCCGAUGCAUAUUCUAGUUCUGGUAGGGAAGAGGAUACAUUAAAUAUCCAUAUAACACGAUCAAACCAGUGGAUCAAAAAAAAACUGAGGCUGUUUUAUCUGAGAUUAAAAACCAACAACAAAAUAACAACCAAACGAAACCAACCCAAAAUAAGAAUAUGCAGCAUAACUUGAGAGGAAUCAUAGAAACCUCUUUAAAGAAGAAGAUCAAAUUAAAAUUGAGCUCCAGGGUCAUAGGACCCUCUCUAGUUGAAGAUAAUGUUGCUAUGAAUCAGAGAUAGAGGCUAUGGAAAAUGUCUCCGGGGCCUCCAGCCUUCCUAUACUAUGUUUAAAGAGAUAAUCCGCUUAUUGCUUUGCUCUUUUUAUUAGAAGAGAUUUCAAACAUGCAAUUUGGACUUUCUUUAACCACAGGAAAAUGCUUUUUCUCUUCCCAGUGUUGAGGAAUUCAUUUCAGAAAGAGCAAUGAAUAGUCAGCGUGGCUUAUUAGACCCAGUUUCCAUUUGUCAAGUGAUUGCAACAAUUAUAAAUAAAUGUUUUUUAAGUCGACAAUUUUAAGUGUUUACCAACAAGACCAGAAAACAUUCAUGUUCACAGAAGAAUUGACAGAGGAUUGUACAGGUAUAACAAUUCCUUUCCUUAACAAACUUGAAGAAAGGAUGAGAUGAAUUAUAAAUAAGUUGCAGUAUGGCAAUAAAAUGUUCAGCAGAUGCUGGUGGCUUCGAUGAAAAGUGAAAACUUUCAAAAUACUGCUGC